CACAGCACAGUUAUUAAAGCAUUUGAUUGAGGAUCAAUAGUUCAAUACUUCUGUCUCAUCUUUCUGUUCUUCAGUGCCAGUCAAAGCCCGAACAGGAACAGCAGCACACCUGCAUCAGCAUUCAGCAUUCAGCAUUCCGGUUCCGGUAGUGAUGGUCCGACCGGGAAAAAAAAGUUCCAUCCAACCUUUAUUGGUUCGAAACGUGGCAAGAUUAUGAUCCCAAUUGGUUCCUGCUGAUGUGUACAUCUAACGAGGAUUGCCCGCAUACUACGCCGACAACCACAUAAGGCUUAGACCACCUUUAGUUUCGUUGCCUCCCUCCCCCUCUCUCCCUCUCUCUCUCUCUCUCUCUCUCUCUCUCUCUCUCUCCGCCAAAUUCAGAGAAUGUAGUAAGGAGAUGGGAGAAGGACCAACCAACUCUUCCCCUAAAAGAGUCGCCACAAUCCAAAUUUUACUUCGCUUCUGACAUUCCGGCAACUUGGGUCAGAAUUGCCGCCGUGUUCUCGUCGUCUACAAGAAUGGGUGUGCCGAAUGAUGACGUGGUGUUAAUUCAGAAAGGGAAGAAGCCUGGUGAACCAUGCGUUAUCACCGUGAAUUGUCCUGACAAGGCCGGACUCGGAUGUGACCUCUGCAGAAUCAUCCUCGAGUUUGGGCUUUGCAUUACUAGAGGAGAUGUUUCAACCGAUGGAAAAUGGUGCUACAUAUUAUUAUGGGUGGAGCCUCAUCCUGUAUCACUUACUGUUAGAUGGGCAAGUUUGAAAAACCGUCUUCUAUCUGUAUGCCCGUCAUGUUCGGUUUCAUUUUACUUCAAUCAACCCAGUUGCUCUUCUCCUUCCCCGGUUUACCUUUUGAAGUUCUGUUGCCUUGAUCGAAAAGGAUUGCUACAUGAUGUCACUCAGGUCCUGUGCGAGCUUGAGCUUACCAUUCAAAGGGUAAAAGUUAUGACAACCCCAGAUGGCAGAGUCAUGGACCUCUUCUUUAUCACGGAUGGAAUGGAGCUAUUACACACAAAAAGGCGACAGGAUGACACAUGUGAACGGCUCAAUGCCAUUCUUGGAGAGUCCUGUGUCAGCUGUGAGCUCCAGCUGGCAGGACCUGAAUAUGAAAUGCAGCAAGGUGUCUCUUCUAUUUCAUCAGAAGCUGCUGAGGAAUUGUUUAAUUGUGAGUUCUCAGACAAGGAAACUCGCUCUCAAGCUCUUAGUGCAGAUUUGACUAAACUCAAAAAGGCUUGUGUUACAAUAGACAACUCCUUGAGCCCAGCUCAUACCUUGAUUCAAAUGCAUUGUGUUGAUCAAAAGGGUCUUUUAUAUGACAUUAUGAGAACAAUGAAGGAUUGCAAUAUUCAGAUAGCUUAUGGUCGAUACACAUCGAGUACCAAAGGUUACCGGGAUGUAGACCUUUUUGUUCAGCAAAUGGAUGGCAAAAAGAUGGUGGAUCCUGAAAAGCAAAGUGCAUUGUGUUCCCGUUUAAAGGUGGAGAUGCUUCACCCAUUGCGGGUGAGUAUUGCUAACCGGGGACCAGACACUGAACUCUUGGUUGCUAAUCCUGUAGAAUUGUCUGGAAAGGGAAGGCCACGAGUUUUCUAUGAUGUUACUCUUGCUCUAAAGAUGCUAGGGAUCUGCAUCUUCUCGGCUGAAAUUGGAAGGUAUUAUACAUCUGAUCGCCAAUGGGAAGUAUACAGAUUUCUUUUGGAAGAAAGCCACGAGUAUCCAUUGGCAAACAAUCAAACCAGAACUCAGAUUGUAGACAGAGUGAGAAGAACUUUGAUGGGCUGGUAAGCUGAUUUAGUUCUGGUAUCUAGAUCGUGAGAGCCACCAGCACAUUUGAUGUCUCCUUCAGGGUAUCUCUCUAUGAAGAUCUAAAAUCCAUGUGUAUCCUGCUUUUAUCUCUUAUAACAUCUAAAGGCAUAUCGUGUGCAUUCUCAAAUCAUCUUUUUACAGUUGAACUGUUCUCGUAUAUUUUUUAUUCUCCUUGGUACCCAGUCAAGCCAGAACUGCCCCUUUGAGUCAUUUUAUUCUUGUAUAGCAUUGGCAGCACCUUACCACCUUCACAGAA